AUGGAAAGCCAUCUGGAGAAGGAAAUUUGUCUCGGUACUGGUAUAUCCUUCAUGUUUCUGUCAUUGCUUAUUAUAGUUCCAAAUGGUAUCGCCUUGUAUGUUCUUUACCGAAACCCUCUUCGUUGCUUUCGAAAAGCUUUCUCCGUGUUUUUGGCGUUUAUUUAUGGGGUAGAUUUCUUCAUGGGCACCGUAGUAUGCAUUGGAGAAACAACAAUCAGAUAUCUGUGCUCGUUUGGCGACCAUAGCCUUCCUCAAGAAGGAGACAUUUUAAGAAUAAUCGGGUACGCAGCAAUCAACAGUUCUAUUCUCUUGGUAACCGCCAUGUCGGUCGAUCGCUUCAUAGCGGUUGUUUUUCCUCAUUUUUAUCGUCGUAAAAACAGCCCUAGCAAACUCGUCUAUUUUAAUACAGCGGUGAUCAUCUUCUCGAUGAUUUUCGCCUUCCUCCAACUUCAUCCUGGCAUUUCAGUUGAAGUUUACAGAAACAUAGACCAAUAUUUGCACGCCGUUUUUCCUCUUUCCACCAGCACUUUAUGUUAUUUGGGAAUGUUUUUCGUUUUGAGGAAGCAAUCAUCUCGGAUUGGUUUUCAAAGAGAAACGGCAGUGCCCAGCAACUUAACACUUCAAGAUAUGCGACGAGUAAGAAGAGCACAAAUGGAGAGAAAAUUCGCAACAACUUCAUUUUUUAUUUUAUCAUGUCUGAUUCUUUCUCUCACUCCAUAUUUUGUAACAAUUAUUAUUGCAUCUCAAUGCACCAGUUGUGGUGAACAGAACUGGUUUUCAGUGCUCUUAGAAUCAAGUCACGUGUUUCUUUUCCUUAACUCGGUUGCGAAUCCCUUUGUGACCACAUUUCGCAUUAGAGAAUUGAAGAAGUCGGUUAAAAUAGUCCUUCAUUUAACACAAGAAGAAAACGAA